AUGAGAAAGUUACACAAAGACUUGGAAGACGAGUUUCCAGUCUUGCCGUCGUCUCCAAAACCGAAUCUCGACCCCUCGAAAAGAUCACGGUCGCCCAAUCGUCGAGACCUGCCUGGAGGAGGAGGUAGCAGAUCACCCGUGAGAAGUCCCAUCAGAAGCCCCGUAAGAAGUCCCGCACGGUCUCCGGAGCGUCAGAGCUCGCAACCAGUCGCAACACCAGUCACUACGCCGACCAGAUCCACCCCGCGACCCCGUGCAACUCUUGAUGCGCAUUCGCCCUCAAGAACCCUCGGCUCACCUUCUCGGGGAGGCCCCAGCCAUGCAUCUCCGUCAUCUUCGCCACGCAGAAAGACGUACACAGACCGGUACAUCCCCAGUCGGACCGGUGUGAAUCUGCAGGCAGCCUUCUCGCUUCUUCACAAUGAUCCAGUGCCUUCAGCUUCUUCGCGACCCCAGGAAAUCGAGCAACAGAAACAACAGGAGGCAAACCAAACAUUUUCGCAGCUCUUAAAGGCUGAGCUGUUUGGUGACGACGUCCCCAAUGUCAUUCCAUCACCAAUUAGUGACAGAAACCAAUCGGCACAGACAGGAAACACAGCUCAACAACACAACUCUAACGACGACACAGGCAGUUCGGAAAACGAACCCAUUGGAUUCCAUGGCAACAAUCAGAAUACAAACAGCGAGAUAUUCCCCCAACGAACUCCCUUUGAUCUCAACUCCCUACCCUCGGGAAACAAUACGCCUCCCAGAAACUCAUCUAGCCGCUCAGUACCAACCACACCAACUAGAAAUUUAUUUUCAUACCGAUCCAACAUCGAACGACUCACCAGCGGUGGAAGUGGCAGAAAAGCAGCAUUGGAUAGUCUUUACUCCCUGUCUCCAGUACGCCCAGAGUCGCAACAACUUCUUCUCUCACCCAGAAAAAGCCCUCGACCAGUGGCAAAGAUUCCAUACAAGGUCCUGGACGCCCCUGAGCUCGCAGACGACUUUUAUCUUAAUCUGCUUGACUGGGGGUCCAACAAUGUUCUUGGUGUGGGCUUGAAUUCUUGUGUGUACCUUUGGCAAGCUCGAACCGGAGGAGUUUCUAAACUUUUGGACUUGUCUCAGGAAGGAGACAAGGUGACCUCUCUUCAAUGGAUCACGCGUGGAAACCACCUGGCUGUGGGUACAGAGAGAGGUUUGGUGCAGAUUUGGGACGCUGAACACAAUAAAAAGGUGCGAACCAUGAGCGGCCAUCAGUUGCGGGUCGGCUGUCUGGCCUGGAAGGAUCAUAUUCUGUCUUCGGGCAGUAGAGACAGAUGCAUUGCCCACAGAGAUGUGCGCGUGGCUGACCAUUACGUGGAGAAGUUUUAUGCGCAUCGUCAGGAGGUGUGUGGACUCAAAUGGUCAUUUGAUGAUAACCAGCUGGCAUCGGGCGGUAACGACAACAAACUGGUGGUGUGGGACGGUAUCACAGACAAGCCUAUUUACCGGUACUCGGACCAUGAGGCUGCUGUCAAGGCCAUUGCAUGGUCUCCUCAUCAACGGGGACUGCUGGCUUCUGGAGGAGGUACAGCCGACAAGCGAAUCCGGUUUUGGAACACCACCACCGGUGCGCUACUCAAUGAAAUCGACACGGGCUCGCAGGUGUGCAAUCUCAUGUGGAGUAAGAACUCCAACGAGGUGGUGUCGACUCAUGGAUACAGCCAGAACCAGAUUAUCAUUUGGAAGUACCCCUCAAUGCAGCAGGUGGCGCAGCUCAAGGGCCACACGUAUCGGGUCUUGUACCUGAGUAUGAAUCCCGAUGGUCGUACCAUUGUCACUGGGGCUGGCGAUGAGACUCUGCGGUUCUGGAAUGCUUUUAACAAAAACCCUACCGACGACCAAGGUAGCAGCGGCGUUCUGGACAUGUAUCAGCAUUUGCGAUAG